CCAAUACGCGCGCACCCACAGUCGCACACACAGCUCGCCAUUCCCGUCUCUCGCCGCCUCGCCGGCGCCGCUUCGGCCGCCGUUACCUCCCGCUCUGCGCUUGCAGCCUCAACAAGAGCAUACUGCUAGUCUGCGAGGAUAAAAACCGACCGAACAGAUUCUAGCAGGAAUAAACCCUAGCAGCGGCUAGGCCCUAGGGCCGCUGCCCUCCUGGACCGUGCUCGAGGAAGAAGAGCACAGCCCCACCAUGUUCGCCGCGUCGGCUAGACGGGUGGCCGCCGCCAUCUCCGCUUCGUCUUCGUCGUCGUCGUCCUCCUCCUCCUCCAGCCGCGCCACCCAGCUCGCGUCCGCGCUGAAUCACCAGAGGUGGAUGCACGACCGGAACAAGAAGGCGAUGGAGCUGGUGGCCAAAGGGUGGAGCGCCCUCCAGGAGGUCGAUCGCGUCAUCGAUUUCGCCGACCGCAACGACAAGCGUUUAAUCCCUCUUCUCAGGGGCGCAAAGGAGAACUUUGAGCUGGCUCUAGAGAUCGACAAUAUGAAUACUCACGCAAGAUGUUGGCUCGCCAAGAUGCAUUUCAAGUACCAUGUGCCCGGAGCUUGCAAGGCAAUUGGUGCUGCUUUGCUAGUUGAAGCUGCAAACAUGGGUGAUCCAGAGGCACAGUAUGAACUUGGAUGCCGGCUAAGAAUUGAGAAUGACCAUGUUCAGUCUGAUCAUCAGGCUUUCCAUUAUAUAGAAAAGGCUGUUGACCAGUUGCAUCCUGGUGCUUUGUAUCUUUUGGGUGCUGUCUAUUUAACUGGGGAUUGUGUCAAGAGGGACAUUGCUUCAGCUAUGUGGUGUUUUCAUAGAGCUUCAGAAAAGGGACAUGCUGGAGCUGCAAUUGCAUAUGGAUCUCUUCUUCUGAAAGGUGCCGAAGUGCCUGAAGUGAUUACCAGGCUCAACUCAGGCAAAAGUCCAUCAACUGGGAAGGCGUGGAAAAGGAGCAUACAACAGGACCCAGUAAAGCUUGCAAAGGAGCAGUUUCAAAUUGCAGCUGAGGCUGGAUGCGACCUCGGUUUGCGGUGGUUAAAGAACCUUGGGGAUUAUGAAAAACAACAAGAGCUAAAGCAAAUCAAGCAAUGACGGCCACUGGAAGAAUAUCACUGCAUUGGGCAAUCGCUGUAUGUUGUACUGCACAUAGAUGGAGCUUCAAGUUUCUUCUGCCAUCAGAAUGUGGAGAGAUCUUUUGUUAUAGGAACGUUCAUGUCAACUGAACUUGUGGACGAAAUGAAAAUUUGGUUCUAGAUUAACAGAUUGAACUGUAGGAUCAAGCUGAUAACAUUUUUGCGACCAAAGAUUUAUAUGUAAGCUUUUAUUCGUCCUGAGUAAAUGGUGAAUAAAGUUUUUACGAAACUCGAGCUAACCCUGGCAAUAAGGUUGAAAUGUGUAAGCUGGCA